UGAUGCUCAAAAAAAAAAACAUCAAGCACGACCUCUAGUAGUACCAUCAAAAUAAAAUCCAGAUAUUUGACAAUAACAAGGCAAUGAUCACGCACGCGUCUCAUUCAACAGCAAUCACCGUCCACCCCCACACCAGCGGCGCCCAACCCAACCCAACCCCCGGCCGUCCCAAACAAAAACCACGGCGGCGCCCCCUCCGAGACGCCGUCACCACACGCACGCCGCCGCAACGGUCCGCACCAGACCACCACCACCACCACCUUUCCAAGUUCCAACCCUUCUCCUUCUCUCCUCUGUCUUGUUCGUUGCCGCCAAGGAGGGAGAAGGAGGGAGCGGGGCGUAGCAGGGAGCCGUACCGAGUACUGACGCGCGCGCGACUCUCGAGAUGGCUUCAGCCGCGGCCGCGUCGCGCCCACCGGCGCCGCCACCGCCACCGCCUCCGCAGCCGCCGGCGCCGGCGGCGGUACAGUGGCUGGGGCCGCGGGUGUCGUUCAGCCUCGAGGACGCGGGCGGAGGAGCAGGGGGGAGGGAGGCGGCUGUGGCGGUGGCAACGGCGGGAGGGAAGGCCGGGCCCAGCGCCGGUGCAGAUUUCGAGUUCCUCCUCGGCGGGUGCGCGGCCGCGUCCAUGCUCCCCGCCGACGAGCUCUUCUCCGGGGGCAAGCUCGUCCCGCUUCGCAUCCCCGCGCCGCCGCCGGAGGAGGAAGCGGCGGUGGGGGCGGCGGCGGCGCAGUCGACGGCUCUGCCACCGAAGCACGCACAGGCGCCGGUCUCGGCGUCGGUGGCGGCGCAGCAGCCGGAGGAGGCGAAGGGCGUGGCGGUGGUCGGCGGCGAGGAGCCCAAGAUCCCGGCGCGGAGGUGGCGGGAUCUCCUCCGGCUACGCAAGCAGCAGGCGUCGUCGGGGUCGGGGUCGGCGGCGGCGAGUGCGUCGUCGGAGCCGAGGCCGCUGCGCCGGUUGCUCCGCCGAGGGCCGAAGCCGCCGGAGCCGGAGCCGUCCCUCAGCCUGCCGCUCCUCCGCGAGGCCGGCCCCGACGAGCCGGACAAGACCGCCGAGAAGGCAACGCCAGCCCCCGCGCCGGCGCCGAUCUCGACAAAUCAAACGCCGGCGGCACCACCGCCGUCCCAGCAGCAACAGAACCUGCCUCCCAAGAUCCGCCUCUCCCCAUCUCAGCAGGCGGCGGCGGCGGCGCCCCCUCCCCCGCCGCCUCCGCCGCCGCCCCCUCCGGCUGCCGUCGCGGCCGACAGCCCGCGCCUGAACGCGGCCGGCAAGGUGGUGUUCAACGGGCUGGGGCGGAGCUCCAGCAGCCCGAGCAGCCUCGCCGGCGGGCGGCGCGGGCACCGCGCAGGGGGCGCCAUGGAGCGGUCCUACUCGGCGCACGUCCGCGUGGCGCCCGUGCUCAACGUGCCCGUCUACUCCCUCCGUGGCUCCCGCAAGUCGGUCUCCGUGUUCGGCAUCGACCGCCUCUUCUCCCCGGCCGCCGCCGCCUCCUCGUCGGGAGCCCCCUCCGCCGCCGGCGGGGCCAAGAAGAACAAGGCCGCGAAGAAGGACGUGCCCGCCGCCGCCGCUCCUCAGUAACAUCUUGUUACCACGGCCAUUGACGAGCUCGCUGUUCCGUCGAAAUCAACCUGGUGCUUGAUGAUCUAGCGACGCGUGAUCAGGGGGUUAGCGAGGGUGUUUCUUGCGGACAAAACGGGUGGUUAAUCUGGCGUGUAAAUACAGGCGCGAGUGUUGAGGCCCAGAUCUUUAACCGUAAACAUAAAAAAUGUCACAUCAAAUAUUUUAACACAUGCAUGAAAUACUAAAUAAAAUUUAUUUAUAAA